AUGCAGAUGAAGCACGCAUUCAGCUCUCUUUUGCUUGCCUGGCUCGCCACCGCCCCCGUGGCUGCCGCGAGGAGUGACCGGAGACUUGCUGCACGCACUUUGGGCAAUGUCACCCCAAGCUUGGUGGUCGAUGCCAUCCCAGUGGUUGACAGCAACCCCCUGAAGAAGCGUGUGACGAGCACGAGUGGAGGGGCGACCAGGCCGCAGUCCAACGCCGCCGCAAGACCGCCUGCCAAUGCUGCCGCGAGGCCGCCCGCCAACGCUGCCCUGAGCCCAGCCAACAAUGCUGCCCUGAGACCGCCAACCAAUGCCGUCGUGAAGCCGCCUACCAAUGCUGCCCUCAAACCGCCAACCAAUGCCGCUUUGAAACCACCCACCAAUGCCGCUCUGAAGCCACCUGCCAAUGCGGCUCUGAAGCCACCCGCAAACGCUGCGCCUCUGCCCCUCGGCACCAGCCAGAGACCCCCAUCCGGCGGCGGCAUAAGGCCGGCGGCCAACGCGGCGCCCGUCAGCCCGGCCAAGACGCCCGUGGUGCCGCGGCCCAAGUCCAACCCUGUCUGCCCGACUCGCCGCAACAUGCUCGGCAAGCGGGCCACCACGCCCGUGGAGGCCGGCACGCUGGCACAGGGCCAAGCAGCCGACGAGCUCCGGACGUGGAGCCUCAAGAACUGCAUCGGGCUCGCGGCGGCCGACUGCACGACGGGCAACAAGAUCAUGGCGCACAUCAACGGCAUCAACGAGCAGCAGCAGGACUACAAGGCGCAGACUAUUGCGUUUGCCAGCCACGCCGCGCUCGUCGACGACAAGGUCACCAUGCGGAAGCCCGUCGCCGCCGACUUCAAGAACGACCUCACCGCCACCGCCUGCGCCAAGGUCGCCGGCAUGGUCAUUGACAUCAAGCUCCUGCUCCAGCAGUACGGCUUCACCGUCAUCGAGGUGGAGCGUACGCUGAAGGACGGUGAUAUGCAGAUCACUGCAGCAGGUGCUAUUAACGUCGACACGGGCAUCCGAUCAGUCAAUUAA